AUGCCCUCUGCCACGUCUGGCGCCAGUGAUUACUCUGUUAAGCCGAAUCAGUUUCCUGUGUUUGGUUUGAUGGGCGCCAUCAUCUUCAUGGAACUAAAACAGGUGUUGUCGCCCACGGAGCAGAGCACCCCGUCGCCACCCUCCCCAGACUAUCGGACAAAGGGCCAGAGUGACGAGAAGGAGCAUUUCCACAUCCUUCCUCAGCUCCAGGCCAAGAGGGCCGACUUCCUUACCGUCAUGCUAACUGGGACCUUGCCUCAGCGCCGCAGCUUUGCCACGCCGGAAGAAGAAGUCCCAGAACCUCCAGGGCCAAAGGAUGACGACGUCACAAAGAGUGAGUCCAACAGCGAGGCCAGUCAGAAAAGCACUGAACGUAGCCAGGACGCCGCGCCUUCAACACUCAUGGCCGAGGACCAGAGGGGCCAAAGGGAGCAUGCCUCAGCUGCUGAUGCAGACCCUGACCUGGAGGACGCUUCCAAAACCCUCGUCCUCUUCUCACCUGGAGACACUCGCAAGUCUCCCUCUGGUGGUGAUCACGUUCUAGAGGCUGAGUUGGCCACACCAUGUGCCCUCAUUUCCCGUAACGACCGCCUCCUGGUCGGGGAGGGGAUCCAGCCUGAACCCUCUGAGACCGGCCGCUUGUCCCCUGCUCUCAGGUCAGACCUUAGGCCCUCCACUCCCAUCGCUCCUGCAUCACCACCCUUCACCAAAGUUGAGCGCACUUUCAUCCAUAUUGCAGAAACAUCACACCUCAAUGUCAUGUCUUCAAAUGGCCACUCUGCCAAGGACAGUGACCGGGAAGUCUUGGACAUCAUGAAUGCAUUGGCUGUAGAGGAGGACACCUAUGAGCAGGGGCCAGCACCAGUGACAGAAGAGUCACCACAAGAGUCCGUACCAGACCAAACUGCAGCCGUUGAUAAACAUACCACAACUGAGAAUGGUCCGUCAACUGGCCUGGUCCAGUCUUUGGAGCCUGUCCCAGAAGCCACGUCACCAGUUCUUGAACACAAAGGUUUGUCACAGGAACAUAAGAAACAGCCAUCACCCAGCGAAGAAGCUGCCAAGCUUCAGACAACCAGUUCCGAACAACCGGCUGCCGUAAAGCCCAGAAUCCGAAGCCGAAUUCCAAUACUGAUCUCUGAAGAAGACUCGGGCUCGGAGCAGUCCUCCUCCCUCUCGGCUCGGGCUCGGCUUCAGCAGCGGGCCAGGCAGCUGGACUUGGCUCGCAUGCUGGUGCAGAAGCAACAGGGUCGCUGGAUGAGGAGGAGGAUGCUGUCCGGGACGUCGUCAUCACUGUCCUCUGGGGACGAUGAGCGCCGAAGGGCUUCGGAAACACUGUCUACAACUGGCUCAGAGGAGGACACGCAUACCUCGGACGAGUCCAGGAGGAGCUCCCGUCUCAAACCGACUGAAGAGCAAGGCUCCAAGGAGUGCCGGAGCAGGAUCCCUAGGCCCGUCACUCCCAUAAAGAGGCCUUCAGUGGGGCUUGCUGCUGCUGCUCCUUCCCCUCUCUCCUUGCCAGACUCCAGCACUACCAAAGGAGCAUCAUCCUUCACAAACGGGAAUCAGAAAAUUGGACUAAGCACUCAACGCAAAUCCAAACCUGUCUCACCCAGGUCCUCCUCCUCAUGUCCCCGUCCCGCCACUGCCCCUGCCACAUCCGGCAGCCCUCGAAUGCCCCUGCGAGUCCUGUUUGGAACCCGACGCAGCCUUAGCUCCACCCACUGCAGGACUGACAGCCCCUCCCCUCAGAGAGUAUGUCCAUCCAGGCAGCCCCUCUCGGUUCGAGCCCCGACCGUCCCCGUGCUACCGCCCAGGACUACAUCAACCAUGCGGCGCAGCGCCUCGCAGGAAGCCACCGCCCAGACGUCCUCUGGCACCACGCCCGCCAGGACCAGGCCGAAACCAGCCGCCGCAGCCAAGGGGAAGCCAAAUGCCAGGGAGAAAGCGGUACCCGCUAGAUAAUACAAAGAGACUCAUCUCUGAGACAUGUUUGUGUAUAAUCAGUCUUCGGACAAGCUACGCCUCAAAGGUUCUCACCUGAUUCCAUGUUACACUGUAAUGUUACAAUGACCACCUUCAAUUAAUUUAAUGUAUACGGACCUCUUAUAUAAGGACAGCUUACUGAACUAUCUUCAUGGGCUUCCAGUAAUCUUAGCUGACUGUCGUACAGGAGCAUUGCCGCCAUGGUGCUAUGAAUACGUCUGCCGCUCCCUGGUUAAUCCCUGAUUAGACUGGUUUCUGGAGCUGGGAAUCAUGGCCUCUCACCUCACACAGCACUACCAGCUUGUCCACAGCUAUACAACUCUUCUAUUGACAGGACCUCGCUCGGUUCACACUGCAUGGUGAAGUAUAUCACAAAUACAUUCAAUCUGUAGAGGGAAAACAACAUGUACAAAAAGCUGUACCUUUAAAUAAUUUGAUAUAGUUCUCCCCGUCCUAUUGGGAUAAACAGGCCAAGAAGAAAAGAUCAGAUUGGACUGGUUUGAAUGCCCGAACUAUGUUAAUAUGAUAGUAGAUUCCUAAUUAUAUCCUGUACUCAUUAUGGCCUUGGAUAGAAGAUAAAGAGAGUUGGAUGUGAACACAAAAUAAAUCGCUCGGCCGCUCGCCUCCUCCUCAUGGUGUGACAAUGGGCAUGCUUUAAUCAUUCUAUUUUCUGGGUGUUUUUAUUUUCUUUAUGCUCUGAAUUGUAUAUAAUAGAAUCAUUUCCCAUAAAGACAUCUUUAUUUUUUAUCUUGCCAAGCAAAAUGUAAAUUUCAAGUCUUUAACCUUCUGUUCCAGUGUGUUGGCACUAUGCCUGUUUUUUUACGCAUGAGAAAAACAGGGUUAACCAUGAGAGGAAGUUAUACCUGCUUGGAUUCUGCUGACAGUGCAAAGAUCUGCUGGUUGUUGGGAGCCCACGGUGUGUUCGUACGGGGUCGCUGGGCACUGAGCUGUGAAGUAAAGUCUUGGUCAUGUG